UCCCGGUCCGGUUCCGGUUCCGGUUCGGGUCCGGUUCGGGGGCGGUCCCGGUCCGGGAUUGGUUGGCCCCGCGCCACCGGCCCCUCCCCGGGAGCCGCCGCUAAAAGCGAGCGGGACCCGCAGAGCCCCGGAGAGAGCGAGAUGGGACACGGAGAGGGACACAGGGUCCCGGCUCUGGCCGCUGUCGCGCUCCUGCUCGCGACCACCGUGAGGGCUCAAGAGCCCCCGGAUGUGGCGGUGUCGGGACAGAGCCCAGAGCCCGCCAGGCUGGAGGCGUCGGGAGAGAGUGAUCUCAGCACCUCGGCGCACCUGGGCAAAGCUGUGACGUCAGUGGCCUUCCCGGGGUCCCCGGUGGCCACGGAGCCUCGGGACCCCCCCAGGACCCCCAGGAACCCCCCCAGGACCCCCGGGACCCCCGGGACCCCCCCCCGGGGGGAGACUCCGGCCCCGAGAGCGGCUCCGAGAGCAGCGACCCCCGGGGGGGGCAGCGCCGAGGUCCCUUCCCCGAUGGCCCCUCCCAGUCCAGCGAGUCUGAGGAGGGGAUGUGACGCGGCCGCUCCCGAUGGAUCCCCCGAGGAUUCCCCGGUGCCACCCCCGGUGCCACCCCCGCUGUCCCCUCCCCGCCCAGGGGACCCUGGGGGUGGCCGGACCCCCCCUCGUGUCCCCUCCCCCACAAUGUCCCCAAGGUCCCCCCAAUAAAA